CACCGCUUUCCCCAUAUCCACAGAGCCCGUUAUCUCAUCGUAGAAGGCAAUCAGGUUGGUCAGGCACGACUUGCCCUUGGUGAAUCUAUCCCCUUGGUGAAUCUAUCCCCAAUUUCUCCAUCCCCACCCGAGGAGUAUCAUGAACCCAUGAUUAGGGGUGAAGCUGUUACCUGGGGUUCUUUCAACCCAAAGCUCUUGGUAAUGUUUACCCUGCGUCAGAAGGUGUCAGGAAAUAAAUCGGGGGGGAGACACGGCUGCCCGACCGAUCGAUGGCUGGCACAGACAGGACAACAAUGAAAGCUAAACUUUACUUAGUCUCCAGCACUCUCACACGUCCGCAACAGAUCUCCCUGACCGACGUCUCCGGCGCCCACUAUGGGCCGGAGCAGGAAGUGCAGGAUGAGGUGCCCAGCAGAGCUCGGAGAGGCACCCGGAGGAACCUGCUGGAGCCCCAAAGAAGGAGAAUCCGUCCGGGCUGCCGGCUGCCAGCAGAGGCGCCCGAGGACAAAGCGGAAGCCCCGUCUGGCAUUGGGGACCUGGUUCUGGCAGCUGAGCUGAUGGAGAUGGCCGGGGUGUCCCCCUGCUAUGCCCAGCCCCAGUGUGAGACCCAGCCGGCUGUGCAGCAUGACCACGGGGCCUACGGCGUCCCCCAGGAGCCAGCCGCGCUGGGCCGCAUGGUGCGGGAGCUGCAGGAGACGGUGCAUCGGCAGAGCCAGCUGCUGCAGAGUUUGCAGGAGGCCCUGGCCACCAGCCAGGAGCGCUGCCAGGAGCUGCAGGAGAGGUCGGAGAGCGAGUGCUGGGCGCUGGCAUUGGAGCUAGGCCAGCGGAUCGCGGCGCUGGAGGAGGAGAACCGGAACCUGCGGUGUGAGCGGGAGCAGCUGGAGAGCCGGACGCAGGGGCUGCGGGAGGAGCUGGAGCGGAGCCGCAGCACGGUGCUGCACAUCAGCCACAAGCUGAAGGAGCAGGGGGGCCGGGGAGGGCCGGGCCGGUUCUGCCUGGCCAGCGUCCGGGACGACGGCAAGUGGCUACGGUUCUACACCGGCUUUGGCAGCGCCCAGCGCCUGGCCGCAUUCCUGGCCUUCCUGACGGAGGGGGAGCUGCAGCGGGGGGCCGAGCCGGGCCCCCCCAGCGCCCUGAGCCCCGAGGACCAGCUCUUCCUGGUACUCGUGCGGUUGCGGCUGGGGCUGCUCCUGCAGGAUCUGGCCUUUCGCUUCCAUCUCUCCGAGGCCACCGCCUCCCGCUACUGGCUCAGCUGGACCCAGCUCAUGGAGACCCGGCUGGCCCAGGUGAGCCCCCGCCCUGGGGCCGGUGCUCCCUAGAGGGGACAGGCCCCAGAUCCCAUUCCCUGCCCGCCCGAGCCA